AUGAGUAGUCUCGAAAAACUAUCAACCUACACACACGAGUUGGAAAGUGUCGAGUCAAAGAUUGAAGAAAACAUCACCACUCUUCGUCGUCUAAACAUUACCAAUCAAUCGGAUCCAAAUUUUAUUUCCUCACAAAUUUCCACACUAUCCGAAACCAUUGAAGAAUUAUUGGAAAAAUGUAGGAAAUUAUAUAACAAGAUUAAUAACUUGACAAAGAAUGAUCCAUCCGUUGAAAAUCAAGUAUCCGAUACCAAGAAGAAACACAAGGAAAUUAUUGCCAAGUUGAGAGCAAGUUACAAACAAUCAAAAACAUUUAUUGAAACUAAAGCAAAGGGGUUGAAUGAUGGUAAAUCAUCAAAUAACUCUGCUUUAGAAUCAACAAAUUCCAAUUUAACAUCAAAUUCAUCAUCAUCAGCAACAAAUAGUGGUGGUGCUUCUGGUGGUGGUAAAAAGGAAGGUUUCUUUACAUUUGCAAACAAAUUGAAUGAAGGAAAGAAUUCAUCCAAUGCCAUUGAAGAAGAUGAUGUUGUGGAAGUUAAGAGAAACAGUGAUGCUGAUGUGACAAAUAUGUACAAGGGAAAUGCCAAUCUGACACAGGAACAACGUCAAAGGCACGAUGAAAUUGAAAAGGAAUUAUUUUCUGAAGAUGUUUUUGAUGUUGAUUUUGAUACACCAUUAUACACUGCUUGCCAAAAUGGUUAUUUAGAAAUUGUUAAAUUAUUAUUAUCAUGUAAAACAAUUGAUGUUAAUUUGGGUCGUAAAUUUCCACCAUUAUACACUGCUUGCCAAAAUGGGCAUUUAGAAAUUGUUAAACAAUUACUUCAACAUCCAAAUAUUAACAUAAAUUACACAUGGUCAGUGAAUGGAAUUAAUAUUCAAACAAUUAAAAGUGACAUGGAAAAAGAACAACAACUAUUAAAAGAACAAUCGGAACAAUUAAAAUUUAACCAACUAGAAAUGGAAAGAUUAGAAAGAGAAAGAAUUAAAAAAUUAGAAAUGGAAAGAAUUGAAAAGGAAAGAAUUGAAAAAGAAUGUUUACUAAAAAUAGAAAGAGAAAGAAAAGAAUUAGAGAAAAAACAAUCAUUCAUAAUCACAUCUGAAACAUUUUCAAAAUUAUGUUCACUCAACCAACAAGUUGAUAAUAAUAGAAGAAAAAACUAUAUUGGAAUUUAUUAA